CUUUUCAGGUCGGACAAUGUGAUGUGUGUGGUGGUAUUACUAAUGAAAAUCUCGUUGCAACUUGCAUUAAAUGCAAUAUAAGUACUGAACACCCUUAUUGCAUGCGGAUUAUUCCAAUGGAAUUUCCAGAUGAUUGGGUUUGUGAAUCAUGUGAAGUGAUUUCUCCAAAACCUGAUGAGGAAGAAGACAUAAUGGCAUCCUCUGCUGAUUUAGUUCACCAUGAUGCCAUGCAUCCAGCCGGUCCCAGCAGAGUUCUUGAUGAUUCAGGGUGGCAAGCUCAUUCCAGAAGGCAAAAACCUGUUGAGACUGGAAAAGUUAAAUUUAUUCCAAAUGAAGAAGUCAUCAGGCUAUCAUCAGGAGUUAGAUCUCAGCGAAGUACUUUCGGCUCCAAACCUCGUCAGUUAAAUUUCAUGGCACCUAUCCCCAAAAGGACUCCUUUUGGGUCUAGAAUUGUGACUCCAAAGUUUCCUAUGUCUGCGAUCAAAGCAAAUCCUAGCAUUAUGCCUUCAAGAACUGUGAACCCUCCUAGAUGUGGCGGGAGUGUCAAAAUGCAAAGCCUAGCAAAGAUUAUUCAGCAAACAUCUCCAAUUUUGAAGGAUUCAAAAGGUGAUAAAUAUUUUAAUCUAAUCUCUUAA